AUGUCGGGAAUGUGGAGUGGCAAAUAUGACAAGUAUGGAAGAACCAUGGCCCCGGGUUCGGUUCCAGAACGAGGGUCGUGUGACAAGUGUGGUGACGAGAAACCGCCUCUGCAACAGACCCAAUGCAUUACAACUUGUGCGAGCGUUGUUUGGGCGGGUGCUACAGCCCUAUUUUUUACAAUCCCAGGUUCCGUUGUGAUGUCUGUGAGCAGUGGAAUAAGGCGAGGAAGGCUGCUAGGGCAGCAGCGGGAGAGGCUGCUGGCUCAGGAGAGGCUGCUGGCUCGGGAAAGGCUGCUGGCUCGGGAUAGAUUAAAUUCUUCGCACGCCAUAACAAUCUCUGAGGAAAAGGAAAUAAAAUGGACACUCGAGGAACUGGACCAAACCUCUGAGGCAGUUGGAUACGGUGCGGUGAAGUAUGCUGACCUGAAGAACAAUAGAUCCACAAGUUAUGCUUUCAACUAUGAUCUAAUGCUUAGUGACAAGCAAGGGAAUACAGCUGCCUACCUUCUCUACACCUAUACUCGGAUCCACUCAAUCAUCAGAAUGUCUGGCAAAGACAUAGAUGAGCUGAAAAAGACAGGUAAGAUAGCAUUGGAUCUUGCAGACGAACGGGCACUGGGUCUUGGCCUGGUUCAAUUUCCUGAGACUGCUGAGGAAGCGUGCACCAAAUUAUUGCCCAACUUGCUGUGCGAGUACCUCUACAACUUAUCUGAACUGUGCACCAAAUUCUACACCAGUUGCAAGGUCAAUGGUUCAGUUGAGGAGACAAGCCGUCUCCUCCUUUGUGAAGCAACGGCCACAGUCAUGGUGAAAUGCUUCCACCUUCUUGGAAUCACCCCUGUUUACAAGAUGUGACUACACUCAAAUCGGCAAAUGAAACCGAACCCAAUACGGCAGAAGGUUUUUAUGUGCUGACAAUUAUAUAGGGGAUAUAUUUAUAUUAUAAGUUACUAGGGACUGAGAGUGUCAUAUUCUUCAUCCAUUAUCCACCAGUUUCUCUCUCGUAUCGUUUUGGUGGUUGUGUUUUUAUUAGCUUAUUACUCUAUUAAACUUGUCAAGAUCUUUCCUAGUCUAGAUUGUGAUUUAUAUUUCUUCCGGGCUUAAAAUUUCCAACCUUAUUGGAAAUGAACACCUGUUUUUAUAUACAGUAUGUGAGAACUGUUUUCAUAUACUAAAUCACAAAACUGUUUCUAUAGAACUGCUUAUAAUUUACAUGAACUAAUAUGUUGACACA